CCUCGGGGCUGUGGGCUCCAUCCCCCUUGUGCCACCCCCAUAAGCGGCCUCCUCAUAACAAGGUAAACUGAGGCAGGCGCUCAGAGGAGAAAGGGGAAGACCAUGCUCCAUGCCAGGCACUGGCAGAGCACUGAGCAGCCGGGGCACGUGCUGGGCUGGCACGUGCCUUCGACCCCCCGGCCUCCUUGCAGCUCGGGCGGAGGUGGCCCUGGGUGCCAGGGGAGGGUGUUGGCAGGGGCCGGGAGCAGGUUGGGAAACCUGCACCUCUUCCUGUUGCUCAGCCGCUCUCCCGCCCAGCUGCCGGCUCUGAUGUCCUCACCCUGCCGCAAUCCUGGGGCCCAGGGAGGACGUGAGUCAUCGCGGCACGGGGCUCCCCUACCUAGGCUUUGCCCAGGCCAGAGGUCAUGGACCUGCCCAGGAUAGAUGCCAGGUCCAGCCUGACCCCCGGCACCGGCCUGGCAGCUGGGACACAGAGAGAGGGUCCUGGCUGGAGCGGGCAGGAGCUGAGUGGACAAUUUGGCCCCGCUUCCAUCCUUGGCUCGUCACGGCCAGAUCCGGCUGGGGACACAGCCCCAACCCUUUGCAUCUCUCCAGGUGCCAGGCACCAACAACAGGGGCUUGAUUGCCCCCUGCCCUGUCCCGGGUUCGAGGAGAGGGUGCCGGGAGGGGCUGCAGGGCGCUGAGGUUUGGUGCACGUGGCCCAGCACCGGGGCGUGAACGCCGGCCCCACCUGUGCGACUCCCGCACGCCCGGGCGGCUCCUCCAGGCCCGUGACUCAGUGCCGGGGAAGCGGAGGUGCGGCCGGCGCGCGAGCAGAGGCGUCGCUGUGCUCCGGGGGAACCGGGCUGCGCUCCGGCACCGGGUGCCCCCAGGACUCCCGGUCCCCGGGACAGGACCCCUCAGCCCUGGCUGCAGGGGAUGAACCGAACGUUGGGGAUGGGCGAGCUGUCGAACGCGGACCUCCAGGACCUACUGGGGAACUACAGCUAUGAUUACUACGGCUACGGCACUGGCUUGCCCGACCUGAAUUUGGUGUUCUCCAGCCCCUGCCGGCCGGAGGUCUCGGAGGCCAACAAGUACAUGGUGGCCGUCACCUACUGCCUGGUCUUCCUGCUGAGUGUGGUGGGCAACGCGCUGGUGGUGCUGGUGGUGUCCUCCAACCGGACCGGGCGCUCGGUCACCGACGUCUACCUGCUGCACCUGGCCGUGGCUGACCUGCUCUUCGCCCUGUCUCUGCCACUCUGGGCCGUGUACCGGGUUCAUGAGUGGAUCUUCGGGACCUUCAUGUGCAAAGCUGUGUCGGCACUCCAGGAGGUCAACUUCUACAGUGGCAUCCUGCUGCUGGCCUGCAUCAGCGUGGACCGGUACCUGGCCAUCGUGCAUGCCACGCGGGCGGCCACGAACAAGCGGCACUGGGUGGUGCCCAUGUGUAUCACCAUCUGGAUCCUGUCACUGCUGCUCUCGUUGCCCGUCUUCCUCUUCCGCGAGGCUUUCCGGGUGCCCAAUGGCACCACCGUGUGCUACGAGCAGAUCGGCCAGGACACGGCGCGCAUACGUGUGGUUCUGCGCAUCUUGCCCCAGACCUUCGGCUUCAUGCUGCCCUUGCUGAUCAUGCUCUUCUGCUACGGCGUCACCGUGCACACGCUGUGCCAGACGCGCAACGCGCAGCGGCAGCGGGCCAUGCGGGUCAUCCUGGCCGUGGUGCUGGUCUUCCUCGUGUGCUGGCUGCCCUACCACCUCACACUGCUGGCCGACACACUUAUGCGCCUGGGGUCCCUGAGCGAGACGUGCCAGCGCCGGGGCCAGAUCGACACGGCCCUCUCGGCCACGCAGAUCCUGGGCUUCUCGCACAGCUGCCUCAACCCCGUCAUCUACGCCUUCAUCGGCCACAAGUUCCGUGCCAACUUCCUCAAGAUCCUGGCGCAGCGUGGCCUGCUCAGCAAAGAGACCGCGGCCCGCUACGGCCGUGGCGGCUCCUUCGCCUCCUCCUCCGCCAACACCUCCACCACGCUCUGAGCCCCUGGCUGUGCCCUCCUCAGCCGGGCAGCACCCCCUGCCUCCGGCUCCUGGACUCCAGGCACCGGCUUUGGCUGCCCGUGGUCCCCGAUUCCCUCCUGCCUGCUGUGGCCGGGGUCCCUCGUGUCCCUGCCACCUGCUGUGCAGUGACCCGUGGCCUUGGACUUGGAUGUAUGCAGCUGCAACCCUCCCUCCCCACCCCCCUGCAGCCUAGGGGGGCCUUGGGAGCUCCGGGGAGAAGUCCCGGGUGGCAUGGGGGAUGCCCGCGGUGACCAGGACAGGAGCGCGGCACAGGGUGGAUUCACAGCAACUGCUCCCGCAGCUUGAAACAUGCAUGUGCAUGGAUGUAGCAGGGUGCACAUGUAUGGGAUGAGCGUGUGUGCACGUGUAUUUGUGUGUGCAUGGAUGGAUGUGGGGUGCGUGUAUGUGUGUGCGCUUGUUUGUGGGGGGUGCACACAGAUGUGAGUGUGCAUGCAUGUAUUGUGUGCAUGUGUCUGUGUCUGUGGGGGACUUUACGUGGAUGUGAUGGUGCGCGUGUGAUCAUGUAUGGUGUGUAUAUGGGGCUGUUUACAUGGAUGUGGGGCUGCAUGUGUGUGUGCGUGCAUGCUGGUGUGUGGGGGCUGUAUGUGGAUGUGAGGGUGCAUGCAUGUGUUGUGUGCACGCGUGUGCAUAUAUGUGGGGGCUGUACAUGGAUGUGGUGCUGUGAGUGUGUGCAUUCUUUGUGUGCAGGUGUGUGCUUGUAUGCAGGGGCCUAUACAUGGAUGUUGGGUGUGUGUGUGUGCACAUGUAUUGUGUGAGUGCAUGUGCAUAUAGGUUGAGGCUGUACAUGGAUGCAGGGCUGCAUGUGUGCACAUAUAUUGUGUGUAUAUCUAUGGGGGCUGUACAUGGAUGUGGGGGCGGAUGUGUGUGCAUGUAUUGUGUCCAUGUGUGUGCUUGUGUGUGGGAGGCUGUGUAGAGCAUAUAGAUGCUGGGCUGCUUGUGUAUAUCCAUGUGUGUGCUUGUACGCGGGGGGUAGUCCAUGGCGGUGGGGGGCACAUGCCUGCAUUGGGUCCAUGCGUGUGCAUAGCUGUGGGGGCUGUACAUGGCUGUGGGGCUGUGUGUGUGCACUCGCUGCGUGUGCCUAUAUGUGGGGGGGGAUGCUGGGUGUGUGUGCACACGCAAAUAAACAAGCCUUUGCCUGGAGCGUGGCCAGGUCCCCUAA